AUGGCCAAAGGUAUGAAAGUGCAAGUUUUAAGGCGGAACAGGGUUCAUACAAAAAAGUGCAACCAUUUUUUAAGGACUUUUCAAGGACUUUUCAAGGACUACCUACCAGGAAUGUAAUUUUGCACAUUGUAAAAAGAUGCACAUUCUGUCCAUUCUAAAAGGACUGUAAGGCUUGAACUGUUUCCUCCGCCAAAUUCUCUACAUUUUUCAGUUCACUUGUCUUAAAUUAGUAGUUAGAUCUUGCAUAAAACAAAAAACGCUUUAUGUAAAUCACUUUGAACAUAUCUGAGCUAUGAUUUAUAUUAGGUGAUGGGAAACCAAAAGCAUUUAAUAACACUCUCCAGACCACCACAUUCAAAAAUGAAGUAAAUUCAAGGAGAACUUUUCAAGGACUCUCCCUAAAAUUUAAGGACUUUUCAAGACUGUGUGAACCCUGUGAGAGUUAUUUGAAAAGGGUUCAGACAGGAUCAGUACAAGAAUCAUUGAAAGGAAAAGCUUCUUUGGGCUCCCUGAAACCAUGGCCAGAGCAAGCGUUGGUUUCUUUUGUUGUUCUUCCAAGAGAGAAACAAAUUCUUGUUUUAGACAGCAAGGUGGGAUCUCUUACUAAGCCACCCACUGAAGAUGCUGUUGUUAAGAUGUGGAAAAUACUACAAGAAAUUGACAACAAUAUGGGUGCAAAGCAGUGGCUUUUUGCAACAAACACCCAAAAAGAUGUUCUGCAACCAAAGAAUAGCUAUGACUCUGGUGUGUCUGCUUUUUUGCCAGAUCUUUGGUUCCUCAGUCACCUUAACAAUGUUCAUGCUUUCCAAUGCAACAUCAUUUUGGAACUGCAUAAGAGCUGGGCAGAUUUUCACUACCAUCUAUCCAGGCAAACCAUUAUUACGCUGUUGAGCAUCAUAAAAGGUACUAUUUUGGUCGUGCACUUAGAAGUCCUGAUGGCAAUUGCUGUGUCAGUUUCAAGUUCUUGGACUCAAUGA